AGACAGUCCUUGCAUUAAACAGUUUACAACAUAAGGUCAUAAUCCUGCAACUGGAUCUGCAUGAGUAGAUCCCAGAUUUCAGUAGAAUUCAAGGGUCCAUCCACUUGGACCUAACCGCGAACCUCCAAACCAGGAGGGAAGAACUUGGUAUGUAAACUCUUUGGAGCAGGACUGUACUUCCCAUGAGGCUGGUAUGUCAUCUGGCACAUUCUUGGGACUACAGCGAUACAAGUUAUUAUAAGCAUUGUUAAUUUAUUGUGGACUAAGCAAAAUACACUCAUUGGUAGACGUGAUUUUAAAGGGUGGGGUGACAACCACAUGCAUGUGGGUCCCAUUAUGACUUUGGUGUGGCCUUUUCUGAUGUCCCUGUAGGAGCCUGUGGAGUGAGGGGGAUAUUGGGGAGGCUGGAACUCUCUUCUCUGUGCAUGAAUCCUUUCUGGAUGGAGUUCCCGCAAGGGGCUCAUUUUCCCCUCCCCAAAGGGGGAUAUGUGGUGGGCCAGUUCUGGAAGGGCAGUGAAGGAGGAAAGCGAGCCCUGCGUAUUAUCCCUGUCACUCCCUCCUGGGUUCACUCAAAGAAGAGAGCCUUGCUCAGGGAAACGCCCUUCGAAGCGCGGAACCUUUCUGCCGCUUGUCCUUGUUCCCGCCCGGAACGACCGGUCCCUUCUGGUUUCGGUCGCUAUGGGGCUGGCGCCGCUGGGUUCGUUCCUGGUGGUGCUGCUUACGCUGCUGUGGCUAGGCUCGCGCUGGCUGCGACGACGCGGCGCGGGCUGGGGACACCGAACCCUGUGUACGGCGGGACCAGCGCGGGCCGAUGACGUACGAGCCCUGGUCGUGACGGCGCAUCCUGAUGACGAAGCAAUGUUCUUUGCUCCCACAAUCCUCAGCCUGGGCAGGUUUCGGGCCCAACUCUGGCUGCUGUGCUGCUCUUCAGGAAAUUUCUACAAUCAAGGGGAGAUUCGUAAGAAAGAGCUUGUACAGAGUUGUUCUGUUUUGGGGAUCCCUUCUUCCAAUGUAACAGUUAUUGACCACAGGUACCUGCAGUCAGAGGGGAAGUUACCUGAAGGGUGCCAGGUCCUUACGCUCAAGUCAGUAAACCUCCUCCGGAAGUAUAUCUCCAUCCUGGAUGUGCCCAUUAGCUGCCUCCAGUCGCAGGAUGUUCUCUUUAUACUAACCAAGGAGGAGUCUGAGCAAGCCAAGAGAGCCAUGCGGUGCCAUCACAGCCAGCUUCUCUGGUUCCGCCACACCUAUAUCCUGUUCUCACGCUUCAUGGUGAUCAAUUCACUUUGCUGUCUGUAAAGAAAAGGAGAAUCAUACACACUUCCAGGGGUAUUGAGAGACCAGAGAAGGGAGACAAAGAAAAGAGAGACUCUGCCUGACCAAGCACUAUUGAAAGCUCUUGCUUCUUUAAUGUCUCAAGAAGAGGACAGAAUUCCACCUUCUGGGUGCCCUGCAGCCUUUCAGAUUGAAACAUACAGUAUUUACAUCCUUCUAGGUGUCCUUUGCCUGACAGCCUGGGUUCAAACAAUUACUGAACUCCCAUUGUAAUAGCAUAACUGAUCUUAGAACCACCAGCAAAUCAGAUUGAUCUGAGUCUAAUUAGUAGUGAAGUAGAAUUUUGGAGGUGUUUAGGAUACAGCAUUUACUGUAUGUGCUUUUGCAGUGGGUUUCCCCAGGGAGACCAGGCCCAGAUCACCACCUGGUGAUUCCUGCUUUUUAUCCAUUUCCCUCUGCUGUAAAGAUCAGGCACUAGGAGUUACUUGUCUAAGGAUACACAUUGUCCCUUGGGGUUUGAACCAGGAUCCUCACAGCCCUCAGGCUGUAACACUGAACCACACAGGCCUGCCUAUCAGUCAGCCAGUUCCUGCUAAUGGAGGGCUGGUUUCUUGACUUUAAAAUGCCAAAAGUUUAGGGAUAAAAUAUUAAAAAUUAUACAGAUUAAUAUAA